GAAGUCGCGCCGCUGAUAGGACGUGUCGCCCGUGACCAGGAAAGGAAAGGAAAGGAAAAUGGAGAGGAAGAAAGAGAGACGUUGAUGAGAGAGAAAGUCAAAAGUGAGAGAAGAGAAAAGAAAGAGAGAGAGGAGUGAAAAAAGAAAAGUAAGAAAGAGAGAAACUAAUAAGAGAGUGAAAGCAAGGAAGAAAAGUGAGCGAGAGAGAGAGAGAAAAAAAAAGACAAACAAUAAAAAAGAUAAUGAGAGAAAGAGAGAAAAACAAGACAAGAAAAAGAUAUACAGAGAAAAGAAAGUGAGUGACAGAGGACAAGAUAAUGAAGGAAGGAAAGGAAGAGAAACCAAGAUAGUGAAUGUGUUUGACUCAUUGAAGAAAACAAGAAAAUAAGAAAAUAAAGAAAAUAAAGACAAAAAAGUGAUCAAGUAAGUGAGUGACUGUUGAAGAUGGUAAAAAGAAUAAGACUGUGAAAAGAUAAAGAUAGUAAGAUAGAGUGAAUGAGAAAGAAAGAGAGUUACUGAUGACAUACAAAUUUUGAGAAAGAUAAUAAAGAUAAAGGUGAGAGAGAGAAAGAAAGAUAAUAAGACUCUGAAAAGAUAAAGAUAGUAAGAUAGUGAGUGAAAAAGAAAGAGAGUUACUGAUGACAUACAAAUUGUGAGAGAGAAAAUAAAGAUAGAGAAAGGUGAGACAGAGAGAAAGAAAGAGAAUAAGACUGUGGAAAGAUAAAGAUAGUAAGAUAGAGUGAGUAAGAAAGAAAGAGAGUUACUGGUGACAUACAAAUUGUGAGAGCGAAAAUAAAGAUAGAGAAAGGUGAGACAGAGAGAAAGAAAGAGAAUAAGGUUGUGAAAAGAUAAAGAUAGUAAGAUUAACGUGAGUGAAAAAGAGAGUUACUGAUGAUAUACAAAUUGUGAGAGAGAAAAUAAAGAUAGAGAAAGGUGAGACAGAGAGAAAGAAAGAGAAUAAGGCUGUGAAAAGAUAAAGAUAGUAAGAUAAAGUGAGUGAGAAAGAAAAGGGGAUUGUGAGAGAGAUAUUAAAGAUAGAGAAAGGUGAGAGAGAGAGAGAGAGAAAGAAAGAGACCGACCAUUGAUGCUGUAAAGAUAGCGGCAGAAUAAGAAAAUAAAGAUAGCUGAUGAAAACAAGUGAGAAGAUUAAAGAAAGUGAGGAAAUUAGAGAAAGAAAGACAGGGAAAGUGAGAGAGAGAGUGAUUGAAUGGCCACUGAUGACGUAAAGAAAGUGAGAGAGUAAAGAAAGUUAGAGAGAGAGAGAGAGAGACAGUGACCCCCCCCUCUCCCCUCUCCUCCCUCCCCCCUAAUUCCCCUCCUCUUAUCUCCCUUUCCCUUUCUCCUCCCUUCCUUCCCCUCUCUCCCUUCCCUUACCUCUUCCUUUCUCUUCAUUUCCCUUUUCCUCUCUUUCUCCCCUCAUUACUCUCCCUUCUCUCUCUCUCCUAUUCUUCCUCUCCUCCCCUCUUCUAACCCUCUUUCUUCCCUCCUUUCUCCCCUCUCGUAAUCUUCUUCUCUUCCCAUUCUCUCCCUCCUUCCCUCUAUUUUAACCUUCUCUCCCCUUUUCUUUUUUAAAUCUCUUUUUCUUGUUUCUUUUUUCAACUCCUUCAUUUUCCUUACCCCUUCUCUUCCUUCCCUUUCACCUUCCUUCUCUCCUUCCUUCAUUUCCACCCCUUCGCUAUCUCCUCUUUACCUCCCUCUGCCUUUCCCAUCUUCUAGCCAUCUUCCUUUCCCCUCUCGCUCCUCUCCCUUUCCCUUCCUUCCCUCGCGGCCCUUCCUUCCCUGCUCCCUUUUCCCUUCCCUUCCCUACCCUUCCCUUCUCUUUUCUACACCCCUCCCCUUCCCUUCCCUUCUCUUCUCUCCCCUUUCCCUCUCUUCCCCAUCUUCUAGCCAUCUUCUUUUCCCUUCUCCUUCCUCCUCCCGCCCAUACCUCCCUUUUCGUCAUGGGUCUGGUCGCCGCCGCCGCCUCCGCCCCCGUGGCCGCGUCGGUGGUGUCGGCAACAUUCUGGUUCCUGCCCGCCCUGCUAGCCGCGCUCGCCUACUACAAGUAUGACGAGAUUGACCCCGAGUCGCGACCCAUCAACCGACGACGCCUGCAGAGGGAGUACGACUUUGUGAUCAUCGGCGCGGGGUCAGCGGGCGCCGUGAUCGCCAACCGCCUGUCCGAGAACCCCUCCUGGCGCGUGCUGCUGCUGGAGGCGGGCGGCGACGAGACGGAAAUAAGCGACGUGCCUGCGCUGGCCGGUUAUCUGCAGCUCUCCAAGAUGGACUGGCGCUACAAGACAGAGCCGCAGGACUCCGCGUGCCUGGCCAUGGCGGGGAGGCGGUGUAACUGGCCCCGCGGCAAGGUGAUGGGCGGCUCGUCGGUGCUCAACUACAUGCUGUACGUGCGCGGCAACAGGCGGGACUACGACCAGUGGGAGGCGCUGGGCAACCCCGGCUGGGGCUACGACCACGUGCUGCACUACUUCAAGAAGAGCGAGGACAACAGGAACCCCUACAUCGCCAGGAACGAGCGGUACCACAGCACGGGCGGGUACCUGACGGUGCAGGAGGCCCCGUGGCGCACGCCGCUGGCCACCGCCUUCGUGGAGGCCGGCGUGGAGCUGGGCUACGACAACAGGGACUACAACGCCGAGUUCCAGACGGGUGAGCGGGGCGGGGGCGUGAUGAGUGAUGGGUGGUGGGUGACUGGAAGGUUGAAUAGUGAUGGAUGGAUGGAUGGAUUAUGGUGCUGUGUCGGGGCGGGUCGAUGGAUUUGUGAAUGGAUGGAUGAAUGGGUGUGGAUAAAUUUACGGGCGGGCUUGCUGACUGGACAGCAUAUCCUCAUUGACCCCCACAGUCGCCGCGCCCACGGAGUCAAGUUCCUGCGUGGGGGGCGUACGCAGGUGGUGAGCGCCCGCAAGGAGGUGGUGGUGUGCGCGGGCGCCAUCAACUCCCCGCAACUCCUCAUGCUAAGCGGUCUCGGGCCCAAGGAACAGCUGCUGCCUCUGGGGAUCCCCGUGCUGCAAGACCUUCCCGUGGGCCACAACCUGCAGGACCACAUCGGCACGGGCGGGCUGGUGUUCCUCAUUGACAAGAAGGUGUCCCUCGUUCAGACCCGCUACGAGAACCUGCCCUCCGUGCUCAAAUACGCCAUGUUCGGGUCAGGGCCCCUCACGGUGAUGGGCGGCGUGGAGGGCCUGGGGUUCGUCAAGACCAAGUACGCCAACAUAAGUGACGACUGGCCGGACAUCGAAUUCCACUUCAUCUCCGGCUCCCCGGCGUCCGAUGGAGGCAGGCAGAUCAGGAAGGUGCACGGCCUCUCCGACAGGACGUGGAAUCAGAUGUUUAAGCCGAUAUCGUUCCGGGACAGCUGGUCGGUAUACCCAAUGUUGCUGCGGCCUGAGUCUCGCGGCUACAUCACCCUCCGCUCCGCCAGCCCCUUCGACAAGCCCUACAUCACGCACAACUACCUCACGCACCCCCAGGACGUCAGGGUCAUGGUGGAAGGCAUCAAGAUCGGGCUGGCCAUCACGGAGACUCAAGCCUUCCGUAAGUUCAACUCGCGGCUGUACACUCGGCCCAUGCCAGGCUGCGAGCACACCCCGCUAUGGACGGACGCCUACUGGGAGUGCCUCGCCCGCCACUACACCUCCACCAUCUACCACCCCGUCGGGACCUGCAAGAUGGGGCCGUACUGGGACCCUUACGCCGUGGUGGACCCCGAGCUGAAGGUGUACGGCGUGUCUGGUCUCCGCGUGGCCGACGGGUCCAUCAUGCCCACGCUGGUCUCGGGCAACACCAACGCGCCGGUCAUCAUGAUAGGCGAGAAGACCGCGGACCUCAUCAAGGGAUACUGGCUCGGGAGAUGAUGACGGUGAUGCUGGUGAUGAUGGUAGUGGUGGUGGCGAUGGGGUAAAGGUAGUGAUGAGAUGGUGGUGACUGUGAUGAAGAUGGUGUUUGGAUGUGGGCUCUGUGUGGUGUUGUGUUUGGUGAUGAUGAUGAUGGUGAAGGAGGUUGAUGGUGAUGACAGUGUGGUGGUGAUGGAGGUGUCUAAUGUGCCUUGGUGUGUGUGUGUGUGUGUGUGUGUGUGUGUGUGUGUACGUACAGGAAUUAAAACUGGCAUUACUUUUUUUUAUAAUUCUUCAGCUUUUGUGAAUACUUAUUUUUCUAAACUAUUAAUAUCACUUUUUUCUCUCCCUUUUUUGUAUAAUUAUUGCCUCACACUUCUAUUUCUUUCUUUAUUUUACUAUAUCUCCUUUUUUUUGCUAUUUAUUGUUAGUAUUUUAAUCAUUAGUUUUUUUUUUUUAUUUAAUCUUAAGUUGUUGUUUUUUUUCUUUUUUUUUUAGCUUUAACGUUUUUUAAUACUAAGUUCCGCUUGUUAAUAUUAAAAAAAAGACUCCAUUCAUAGUGUAAAUAUUCAUGUAGCUUUUAUGUAUGUAUGUAUGUAUGUAUGUUUGUUUGUAUAGGGUAUAGGUUUAAUUUUACUCCCUUUCACUUUUUAUGUAUAUGUAUGUUUGUAUGCAUGUAUGUAUGUAUGUAUGUAUGUAUGUGUGUAUGUAUGUGAGUAAGUAUAGGUUUAAUUUCACUACAUAAGACUUGUAUGUAUGUGCGUUUAGGUAUUAGGUACGUGUACGUCAUCCCAUCUGUGUGUGUGUGUGUGUGUGUGUGUGUGUGUGUGUAAACCACUGACGGCCAAAAGUACUUUCUUGCUCAAACACAUCCCCUUUUUUUUCCCUUUAUUCCCUUUUCUCCUCUCCUAUUCUUGUCUCUUUCUUCCUUUCUUUCCCCAUAUUCUGUUUUCUCAUCUUCUAUGGUUCGCCACUUGAAUAACCCUUGUGUGGGCUGUGUUGCUGACCCUUACUGGCAUGGACCCUUAAUUUGUGU